AGAAUAAAUGAACUCAAGUAGUAUCUAAACUUGUGAUCCAAUCAAAUAAUUUCCUGGAGAAAUUUAUCCAAAAUAUUGAAAUGCCUGCAGGUAUCUAUGGUUCAAGCUGGUAUAAUGUUCAAGAGGUGCCUAGCAAUUAUGCCUUCCCGGAGGAAGAUAGACCGGGGCAGCUCCCACCUGUAUGCCAUACACUCCCCAUUAUCGACUUUGGAAAAGCCAUAGAUGCAGAUUUAGUUAACCAAAUCAUCAAAGCUUCCCAAGAAUACGGGUUCUUUCAAGUGAUCAACCACGGAGUCUCGGAUGAUAUAAUACGAGACACAGCAGACAUAUUCAAAGAAUUUUUCGAGUUGCCGGUGAAGACAAGUAGGAACUCUCGUGGUAGAAGCAAUUGGGCGUAUGCUAGCAGCACUAGCUUCAACAGAGAUGGGAUUCAUCUGUGGAGAGAAAACAUCAAACACCCUUGUCAUCCUUUGAAGGAGUGCAUGCAGCAGUGGCCUGAGAACCCAGCUCGAUAUAGGGAAGUUGUAUCGACAUAUCUAACAGAGGUAAGGAAGUUCGGGAAUACAAUACUCAAUCUCAUUUGCAAAGGAAUAGGACUUGAAGUGGGCUAUUUUGAUCGAUUUAGUGAGAUUGGAUUACUUAAUGUGAAUAGUUAUCCGCCAUGUCCUGAUCCGAGUUUGACACUGGGAAUACUGAGACACCAUGACCCUAGCCUCAUCACCAUUCUCUACCAAGGAAACGUUCCCGGCCUUCAAGUCAUGAAAGAUGAAAAAUGGAUUGCUGUGGGAGCUAUGCCAAAUGCCUUUGUUGUUAAUAUUGGUAACCAGUUAGAGAUUUUUAGUAACGGGUUGUUGAAAAGUGCUGAACAUCGAGCAGUAACGAACUCAAGUGAAGCUAGGCUUAGUAUCGCAGCUCUCAUCAGCCCUUCUCCGGAUUGCAUAGUGGAACCUGCACAAGCUUUGGUCACUGAACUCAAUCCAGCGCGGUACAAGCCAACAAUGUACAAAGAGUUUGUGCAUUGCUCUCGGGCUUUCGGUGAUGACACGGAGGCUAUGCAGCGUGCAUAAUGUUAUAAAAUGUACCAUUGGAAACAAGAGCAUCUCCGAUGCUCUUUAAAAAAGCUCUUAAUUCAAAAUUUAAAGAGCAAGUCAAGAAUUAGUGCUCCAAUGAGCUUUUGGAAGCUCUUUAUAAAAUUAUGAGCCUACUUUCUCUCCUCUCUUUGAAAGAACAUCUAGUAGCUCUUAACUUUUUAUUUAUGAAUAUAAUAAUUAUUUCCCUUCAU